UUGUAAGCUUGCUAUUCGUGAAAUGACAAGCAUUGCACCUCAGAAGCAGAAGAGGAAAUCUAAGCUGCACUGAACCUAGAACGAUACGCGUCUUAGCUGACUUCUACUUUAUUAGCUUUUUCUUCCUGCAUGACCGUACAAUCAUGGAAAUGAUUAAUUGAUAAUGAAGUGGUUGGUGAUAAUGUUUUUAUCUGGACCAGACUGUGUCCUAAGCUGCAGCUUGCAGUGAAAGUGAAUGGUAUUAAAGCUGAUGAAUGCACUACACCUGAAUCCUUUCUGCAUUUGGAGAUGCUGAAGGACCAAUUGCAACACACCUAAUUGCAUUCUUUAAGAUGGAGAUCCAGGAAGUUUUCCAAACUCCACUUCAUUGUGUGUUGCUACUCACAUCAUUUCAUCUGAGACUGUUGACUGGCAUUUAAUUGACAUAAAUACACCCCGAAUUCUACUACUCAGUAGGCACAUUUCCUCCUCCCAUGGCCUACUUAUUAUUGGGGGCUUUCCUGUUGGUGGCCCAAAUACAUAGGGCUCAUUCAGAAAAUACUGAGUGGAGAGGAGCUCGGCUUCAGUCAUUGAUAAACCAAGAUGGAACAGUUUACAAUGAAACAGAAAGUCAUUCAGCACAACCUUCCAGUGCGAGUCAAAUGAUUCCACAGUCUAUCAUUAUUGGUGUGCGCAAAGGAGGAACCAGGGCUCUACUCGAGAUGUUGGACAUUCACUCUGAUAUUGUGGUCGCAGCCACUGAAGUCCACUUCUUCGAUUGGGAUGAAAACUAUGAAAAGGGCUUAGAAUGGUAUAGAAAUCUGAUGCCUUUGUCUUACCCACACCAAACCACUAUUGAGAAGACCCCAGGUUAUUUCACAUCUGCUAAGGCUCCGGAAAGGAUCCACGAUAUGAACAGUUCUACCAAACUGCUAUUAAUUUUGAGAGACCCGACAGAAAGAGUGAUAUCAGACUAUACUCAAGUGUACUACAAUCGACUGGAAAGUCACAAGUCUGUCCAACCAAUUGAAGAAAUUGUCAUUAAAAAUGGAGUAUUAAAUACUAAAUACAAGGCUGUUCAACGAAGUCUAUAUGACUUUCAUAUGAGUAACUGGCUAAAAUACUUCCCACUGGAUCAAAUACAUAUAGUAGAUGGGGAUACCCUGAUAAGGAACCCGCUGCCAGAAUUACGGAAAGUUGAAACAUUUCUUAAGCUUCCUCCUAGGAUAAUGGCUUCAAAUUUUUAUUUUAAUCAUACCAAGGGUUUCUAUUGUCUUCGAAAUGAUGGUAGAGAGAGAUGUUUACAUGAAUCCAAGGGACGGCCCCACCCAGUUGUGAAUAGUACAGUACUGGCAGAAUUGCGUGCUUACUUUAGAGAGCACAAUGAGAGAUUUUUCAGCAUGGUCAAAAAAUCCUUCAAUUGGCAUUAAAACUUUACAUACAUUCCACAUGCUUUAUUUGUUUUGCUGGGUCAGCAAAUAUUAAAUCAAUUAAUGCCACGUUUGUUAUUUUAUUGAAUUUUAUGAUCACUUUUUUAAACUCAAAAUGACUCCCAGCAGAACAGUUAUUUAAUUCCAGAGUUAUGUUUGCAGACAGUAAACCCAGCAGUACAAGCUUAUGAGAGAUAAGAAAUCUAGCAUGGUUCAGUCCAAAAAUUCUAUAAAUAUAUUCAGCGAUAAAUUAUUCAUUCCUGGCUAGAAGCAGGAGGCCAACAUAAACACCGGGUGUCAAACAUACUGGCACUGCUGGUUUAUCAAUAUUAUUUUCAUGGUAUAAAUUUGGAUCAGAACUGUGGACACCAAUUCCUCUCUGUUUAGGUGGUUAGUACCUGUAGUUGUUCUGAUGGUUGUUGCUUGCCUACCAGGUGAUCUAUUUGUAAUUUAAAUAUGUAAAUUACUAUUGCCAGUUCCUCCUGGUUCUGCAUGUUCACAAAUGCAUGUUAUUGUUUCUCAUUAAAUAUUCAAAUGUGAUUCUUUAACACAAAUGGACUGUAUAUUUCAAUGUUUUGGGCACCGAUAAAAUAUUGUAAACUGUUAGAUAAAAGAAAUGCUUAUUUGUGAUAUUAUUAUUGACGUAAAUGAACAUUAAUACAGAAUAUUUACCCUGUU